AUGCUCAUUACAAGAAUCGAGGAACGGUUUUCUGUCAUUCAGAAGGGAUCCUUGGCUGAGGCGGAAGCUGGGGCCAAGUGUUCGGGGCUUUACCACCGAAACAUGGUGGGCCUCAUCCCCGCCUGGAGUCACCUCCUCUCCUCCGGGAUGGCGGAGAAGUAUGAUUGGCUGAUCAACUCCGAGUUGGACCACUUCCUCUCCCCGUCCCGAGCCAAGGAGAACAUCCUCGAGUAUUUGCGGGUGAUGGAGGAAGGCUCGGAUGAUGAUCGCUCGGGUCUGGAGGGGCCCAUUAUGCUCAUGUGGGGCAACGCUUUCGUCUUCAACAAAAGGUACGUCCAGGUGCUGAAGGCCAACUGGGCCAACCUUGGCCGCGUCGCGGAUUCGGUCGAGGAGGGGGGGCGCGCCGUCGGGUGCCCCAUGUUCAUGAAGGGCCGGGUGGAGUGGCCCGACUACUGCUCCCAGGACAUGAUCUAUCCUGCCCUGGCUGAGCAUGUCUUGCCACCACUGCAGCAGAAGGUGGCCUUUCCCGGGGCUUCCGGCUGCGGCCAGCUUGCGAAGAAUCGACGCGGGCAGGCCUUUCCGCUGGGCUGUUGGGAGAUGCAGCAGAACCCGAUCAACGGGCAGCACGAGGAAGGAGAGCUGACGGCCCUUCAGGAGCUGGCUGCUAUCGGCAGGCUGCAGGACAGCGAAGCGGCCGGCGCCUACUGCAGCCGGUCUCCGAUCGAAGCCGUGCAGAAGAACUGCAUGAAGUUCUGGGAUGGGAGGAAGGUUCCUGUCAUCCACCACCUCCAUACCGCGAGGGAGCAAUUGCUUGCCCGCACUCUGCUGGACAACGACCCUGGGAAACGCUGGGGAUGCGGUGGUUUCGUGAAGGAGCGCAGUGUGCAAAAGAACAGAGAUGUUCUCUCUACCGUCGGCACAUGCACCUACUGGAUCCCAGGGAGCACUGACAUCGAGGUGUGUGGAUAUCCACAGGUGGGCGGGCCCUUGGUGGUGGGUCUACUCACACCACAGCGGAAUGCAUGGCCCCUGGAAGUGCUAACCUUCCUGCAGUUUCCGCACAAGCGCCUAGCUGAGUUCCGGAGCCUUCUGCCUUCUGAGCCCCUGUUUAUGGAGGCCAUGACGCUGGCUGCCAAGGCCUGGUCUUUGGGAAGUGAUGCCGAGAGGUUAGGUAGUGAAUCGGCCGGCGAUGAGGCACAGCCUCAAGAGCAGGCUGCAAAGGAUCAGGAGCGGCCGGGUGUGCCGAUCGCACCGACGCCGAGUGGUCAGAAGGAGACGCGUAAGGAGCACAUAGCCUCCGAGAAGCAUGGGCUGGGCCAUGAGGAGCUACCCGAAGUUCAGAGGGCCAUGGCCGUGAAGUACGGGCACACCGAUCCGGCAAAGAUCUGCGACGAUGUGGGCAAAGAUUACUUCUGCACAGAAGUUCUGCUGGAUGAGAACAACAAGCGUGUCCACGUAGAGGUGAACCGAAAUGGCAUCGUGAAUGCUUGGUGGCCGACGCAGGCUUGCAAAAAGGAGGAUUGCAAAAUCGAUGGUGAAACAUACGCAAAGUACAACGAGAAAUCGAAUCGCCAACACGUGAUUGCCGGUCAAAACAAGGGCAAGUUCGCCAAAGGCACAAAGGGGCCACCAGUCGGGCUCGUUACGGAUAACAAGGAUCGCUCGAGGUGGAAGAAUCCGCAAACAGGCUCGCCGCGGGAGAAUCCUCUUCAAGAAGAACAAGCAGAAGCUGCCCAGGGGAGAAAGGGAGGCAUAGUCGAAGGAGGUGGCUCUCGAACUACCACGAAUGCGCAGGGGGAGCUCGUGGAGGUCAAGACCAAGUGUCGUGCAGAUGGGAUGGAGGAGAUCGACUACACAGCAGAGAAGAAAACCAAGGAUGGCACAAAGACGACAAAGUACAAGAAUGCCAGCCCUGUGGAUGCACCCAUCGGGCACUCCGAAUUCUAUGAAACAGUGACGUCCAACAAGGGCGAGCUCUUUCAGACCCGGCAGUCAGGCCGUGGGGAGUUGGACAAGAAGACUCUGGAAACUCGCAUGGUGGAGUGUGAGAAAACGAGCUAUGAGCUGCGGGACGAGGUAAAAGCGGCUAUCGGCCAGGGUGUGGAGGUGGGAGCUCUUGUGGCCAGAAAGCGAAACGAGCAGCAGCUGUACAUAUCUGAGCAGCAGGAGAACGAAGCCAUUCUGUCUGGCCUGGGCCAGGCAUCUGCACAAGGUGCAGCGCAAGUCGGGGCCUUGAUUGCGAAGGAAAGGAUCGAGCGGGCCUGUGACGGUCUACCACAGGCUCCCUUGCGCGUCGCUUCUGCAGCCCUGGCUGGUGGCGUGGCAAUGUUUGGGGAUGGUGAGGGGAAGCUCGACCGGGCGGCUGCUUCCGCAUCUGCAUGCUUGGCGCUGUCGGCAUCGCAAGAGGUCGCUUCGGGCGUCCUCGGCCCCGGACGUUUGGCCGGCGUGGCCGGCUCCGCCUUGGGAGCCUUCGCCGCUUCGAGCGGUUCCUGCCAGGAGCGUCUCGCGAAAGCAGCACAGGCCACAGGAGAAGGGGCAGCUGUGCAGGCUGCCGGAAGCGUGCUGGCAGGUGCCGGAGUGCUGCUUUGCCCCACGAAGCUCAUCAACGAAGAAGGGAGGAAAGGUAUGGAAUUUGCCGGUGGCAGCAUGGUGUCAGUUGGCCAGCGAGACCGCUACGGUUCCGGGCAGCUGGCAGAUGGCACGACCGUCACCCGCAGCUCUCACGAGGAGGGUGUUCAGCUCAGGGCAGGCACGGACCUCAGUGACUGGUUGAUGCGCUUAGGCACGGCACUUGCGGCAUCUGGCAACCCGAGCGCUCUGCUUUCGGGACUGGGCAGCGUGGUCGGUAUCUCGGGCAACGUUGGAGUCACGCAGCGCAGCCACUUGGUGGAGCGAAUGGAUGGCAGCUACUCGCAGCAUGCGGAGGCGCUCCAUGGUUUCGCUGGUGGUGUGGAUGUCGUGGGAGUGGAGAAGCUGAAUCUGGACACUGGCCACGCGACGGUCAGAAGCAAGGAACAUGAGAAGGCCGCUCUUUGCGGUAGUCGCACGACGGAGACAGUCGAGGAGGAACUCCGCGUCUUGGGCCAGAAAGUGGCAUCGCAAGAGCUGAGCUUCAAGCACGCGCAAGAGAACUUACUCGGAUCCAAAGAGGUGACGCUCGACUGCAGGACCGGGGAGGUGGUGGAGAAGGCCGACGGACUGCUCCUCAGCACUAGCCAGGAAGGCUCAGGAACCGUGGAUCGGUCCUCUGGGAAGGCCUACUUUGAUGGGGAGGUUUCUUGGAGCAUUGGUGUCCGACAGGAGGUCAAGGAUGCAGCUGGCAGGGGCAUCGAGGUGGGAGGGCUUGAGAUGCGGCGUGCCAACGAAGAGCGGAUCUUCUGCUCUGGUGAAGACGCCGCUCAAGCACUGAAGGGCGCCGGUUCGCAAGUUCUUCAACAGGGUGCUGUCGGUGUGGUCGGUUUGAUUGCUGGCGAGAUGGUCGGGAAGGUUGCAGGCAGCAAGGCUACCGGAGCAGUGCUUGGCGAGGCUGCCGCCGCCGGUGGCGUGGCGAUGUUUGGGGACGGCGAGGGGAAGCUCGACCGGGCGGCUGCUUCCGCAAAGGCAUGCUUGGCGCUGUCGGCAUCGCAAGAGGUCGCUUCGGGCGUCCUCGGCCCCGGACGUUUGGCCGGCGUGGCCGGCUCCGCCUUGGGAGUCUUCGCCGCUUCGAGCGGUUCCUGCCAGGAGCGUCUCGCGAAAGCAGCACAGGCCACAGGAGAAGGGGCAGCUGUGCAGGCUGCCGGAAGCGUGCUGGCAGGUGCCGGAGUGCCGCUUUGCCCCACGAAGCUCAUCAACGAAGAAGGGAGGAAAGGUAUGGAAUUUGCGGGUGGCAGCAUGGUGUCAGUUGGCCAGCGAGACCGCUACGGUUCCGGGCAGCUGGAAGAUGGCACGACCGUCACCCGCAGCUCUCACGAGGAGGGUGUUCAGCUUAGGGCAGGUCUCGGCACUGCUCUGGCCGCUACCGGCGCCGGAGUCCUGGCUACUGGGGUGGGGAGCCUGGUGGGAGUCUCUGGCAACGUGGGCGUCACAGAAACGGUGGAGCGACGUGAGGCGGCCAAUGGUGACUACUCGAUGGACACGGAGAAAGUGUGGGGCUUUGCAGGCGCUGUGGAUGUUACCGGUGUCAACGUGAGCCAUGUCCUUGGCUUCGGAAGCCUGAAUUCCGGUGUCAUCACAGGUGUUCACGUCGAAGGGGGCGAGUCGGCCACGGGCAACUUCAUUAUCUCCGCAGAGCAGGAAUGGAAGAAAACCACCCAUUCUGCCGGGAUUGCUUUGAUGGGUCUGAAGUUGGAGGUUCCGUAUCAACUCUCCGAGACGUCGGGAAAGACGCUAAGCAUUUGUGGACUGGAGUGGUAUCGCUGCUCUGAGCUGCGUGACACCACGCUCUGGGGCCAGAGUGGCGAAAAGACUCAGACCUUCCUUCUCCUGGUGGAGGUUCGCGAGAGCUUCGUGGAGACCUGGUUUGGGAGCCGCCGGAACCAGCUGAGCCUCGGAGCCACACCGGAAUUGAAAGGCAUUGUGGGCCGGGGCGCGGCCUCAGCCAUCACCGCUUUCUUCACAUCGACACGCCAGGGAGCCAGUAGCAAGGAAGCCCUGGCCCGCAGCUGCGCAGUCUUCCGGCAGGCCUCCCUGGAUGGUGCACUGGACGUUGGCUUGUCCUGCAUGGCCGCGAACCUCUCCAACACGGCCUCGCAGACGCUGCUGGAGAGCUCCUCGGCCUGGGCGGCCCUGAGCCCCUACUUGGAGGAUGGGGUUGCCUCCUUGGUGCGGCCAAUUGUCCAGGCCUGCCUGAAGGGCAGCUGCCAAGUGGAAGACUUCGGACGCGAGUGGCUGAAGCAGUUCAUCCAGCUGCAGCUGCUGCGGCUGCUGCGCCAAGCGGGAGUCUCGAGCACCGCCCUCCAGCUGCUCUCAGCGAGUUAUUCGAAGAUUUUCGACAACCUCGCUCGUGGGAAUCUGGACUUGUUGCAGCUCCUGGUGGACUUGGCGCCAGUCGUCCUGGAGGUCCUUCUAAAGGCUGCCGUGUCCGGCACAACCCACGGUUGGCUCCUGGCCUACGUUGUGGUCCCCCUACUCUUGGAGCUCUUCAAGAGUACGUCUGUGCAGAGCGUACUGGGCCAAGUAUCGAAAGCCGUGCUCGCCUGCGCGACCUCCCUCAAGGAGUGGGUGGUGCAAGCCCUCGAGAGGCUUGGAAAGCUCUUGUUGGAGGUCGGCGCGGCCGGUGUGGUCACUGCCACGGCGGCCGGUGUCGUGACCGGCAUGUCGGCAGCUUCGGUGGCCUCAGCUGCUCUGGCUCCAUCCGCCUGCGUUGCGGGCUCGCCGACACUUGGGUCGGUGGCUGUAAGCUUGGGCCUCAUGGCUUCCCCGGCAGCACCCGCUGGCCUCGUUCUUGGCGUGGCUUCUGUGAGCGGGGUGGUGGUUGGCGCGGUGAUAUUACUGGGCUUCAAGGAGGCGCAACUGCUCUUGCGGGAGGAGUUCAGCCAGGGAAGUUGGCAACAGCGCUUGGAGAAGGAUUCCCUGGUUUCCGUGUUCAUCACGAAGCCCAGAAGGAGGUGGGUUGACGGACGAGUUUGCCGAGUGUCGGCGAGGUCAGUGAACGUGAAGUAUUUCCUGGGGAAGGAGGAGCAUCACAUUCCCGUGGCCCGUGACGACGCCCGGCAACUUCGUCCUGGUGGGGCCGACGGCGCUGUCUUGGCGAUCUCGGGUGUCGAAGACGAUGCUGCGAGUCCGUCGAAGGUGGCCUGUGCAGCGGGGGCUUAG